CAUUCAAAUCUAGAGGGAAGAGAAAGUAGGUGAGCGUGAGCGGUUGGCCGGCGGGGCGGAGGAUUCAUCCAGUCAGUGGGAUUAGGUGAAGUACAGGACCUUACAGCUGGGAGCCUCUCCAUGGACGGGAGCUCGGAGUGACUCUCAGCAGCCACAGCGGGGAGUCUGGCCCUUCGCAGCUUCCCUCUUUCCUCCAAUCUCGAUCUGAAUCCAUCAGGAGGGAGCAGCCACUAACUAACUAACUAACUAACUAACGGAGACAUACCUUCACUCAUAAAUAGACAUAUUACAUUAAAACCAUGGGGACCGUGAGUGAACUUUGCGUGUCCAGCCUUCAGACGUUCUUGUGUCCAGCUGUGAACUCACCCCAAGAAACUCCAGUGCCGGACGACCUCACUCCAGAGGAGCAGCAGGAGCUAGAGAAUAUCCGCCGGCGCAAGCAAGAGCUGCUGGAGGACAUUCAGCGGCUGAAGGAUGAGAUAGCAGAAGUGACAAGUGAGAUCGAGAACCUGGGUUCCACUGAGGAGAGGAAAAAUAUGCAGAGGAAUAAACAGGUGGCCAUGGGCCGAAAGAAAUUCAACAUGGACCCCAAAAAGGGGAUCCAGUUCCUGAUUGAGAAUGACUUGCUGAAGAAUACCAGCGAUGAUAUUGCUCAAUUCCUCUACAAGGGCGAGGGCCUCAACAAAACAGCCAUUGGAGAUUACCUCGGGGAGAGAGAUGAAUUCAAUAUCCAAGUCCUCCAUGCCUUCGUGGAGCUUCAUGAGUUCACAGACCUCAACCUGGUUCAGGCCCUAAGACAGUUCCUGUGGAGUUUUCGGUUACCGGGAGAAGCUCAGAAGAUCGACCGCAUGAUGGAGGCCUUCGCUCAGCGCUACUGCCAAUGCAACCCAGGCGUUUUCCAGUCCACAGACACCUGUUACAUCCUGUCAUUUGCCAUCAUCAUGCUAAACACCAGCCUUCACAACCCGAAUGUGAAGGACAAGCCUACCGUGGAGCGAUUCAUCUCCAUGAACAGAGGGAUCAACGAUGGAGGAGACUUACCUGAAGACCUGCUCAGGAAUCUGUACGAGAGCAUCAAGAACGAGCCUUUCAAAAUCCCAGAGGAUGACGGCAACGACCUCACACACACUUUCUUCAACCCAGACAGAGAAGGCUGGCUGCUAAAACUGGGGGGACGAGUUAAAACCUGGAAGAGGAGGUGGUUCAUCCUCACAGACAACUGUCUGUACUACUUUGAGUACACCACAGACAAAGAGCCAAGAGGAAUCAUCCCACUGGAGAACCUGAGCAUCAAGGAGGUGGAGGAUAAGAAGCCUAACUGCUUUGAACUUUUCAUUCCUGACAACAAAGACCAGGUGAUCAAAGCGUGUAAGACCGAGGCUGACGGUCGCGUCGUGGAGGGCAACCACACCUUCUACCGUAUCUCUGCACCCACUGCUGAGGAAAAGGACGAAUGGAUGAACAGCAUCAAAGCCGCCAUCAGCAGGGACCCCUUUUACGAGAUGCUGGCAACCAGGAAGAAGAAGGUGUCGUCCAUGAAGAGGCAGUAGAGCUGCUCUUCGCUACCGACGUUGCACUUGACAGAGCAGUGGGGGGGUGGGGGGGUCUGGGGUAUCUGCUUGCCCCGCCUGGGCCGGUGCAGAGGCCACAGUUGAGGUCUGCUUCAGAUCUCUCCAGGGGAUUUCUCUAGAAUACAUACUAGCUCUGGCUUUGGGACUCUACAGGCCAGAAAAAACAGGAAGCAUGCUGGGAUUUCUAGAUAAGAGUCAGGGUCAAAGCCUCCUCUAACCUCCUGUCUGAAUGUCUCUCUUUCUCUCUCAGCUUUGUAUGUGCUCUCUGUCUAUGAGGCCGAACGGGAAAUCUUGCUGUGUGUAACUCGGCAAAAUUCCCUCUGAAGAUGCUUUAAAUAAAAAAAAAAUUAAAAAACACAAUUCCCAUAUACAACAUGCAUACACUCAUGCACCCCCUGUAGCACACAUUGUUUAAACUCAACCAAAAUGUUCUGAAAGAAAAGUGAAGAUCUUUUCUGAUGUGCUUUAAUAUGUUCGGGCAAUUUGUGUCUAUUUUUUUACAGCUUCUACUGUCGUUUCCUCAAGUCUUUUUUUUGUUUUGUUUUGUUUUGUUUAUUUGCUUUUGUAGAGGAAAAAAAAAACUGCAGGGGUGGGUGGGUGUGAGGGUCUAACUUGCCAACUGUUAGUAAUUUUAUAGAAAAAAGAAAACUUUGGUUUAGAAAAAAAAAAAAGAAAAGUUGCCACUCAGGAGAUUGUUACGAUGUUCUGAAUCAUCCACGUCGACAACAACGUGGAUCUCGUUCACAGCAUGACAGCCAUGUGAGGAAUGAAAGCCUCAUCUGGGCCCCAGACUGAACUGUUUUUUUUUUCUUUGUAAAUGUGAAGCUGCAGCUUGGGUAGCCGUACUGCUGCACAUGAGGGUGUCUGCUUGUCUGGACAGGGUCUCACUGUUCAUUUCCUGAAGGUCCCGGAGAUGCAUCCUGGAGAUUGGCGUCUUCGUAAAGGGACGUGUGUUUUAUCACCCUGGGCUUGUUUUUGAGCUCCCAAGUUGUCUGAAAAUUAGAUCUGGUGGCCUCCUUUUUUCUUUUUUUUUUCAAUUUUCUCUUCCCAUUCGUUUUUCUCUUUGCUCUCACCACCACAAACCACUUUCUAUUGCUGUAUCAUACAAAAAGCAAUUUAACUGUUAGCUACUUUUACUGCUGCACAGUGCCUGGCGCUCUAGAUGAAAUGUGAUGAGACAAGCUGCUGGUUAGCGACAGUAAUUCACAGAGAUUUCUUUUCCCAGUCAAAUAACAUUUAAUCUUUAUUUCCUGACUUUAACAUUUUGUCUUUGUAAAGGGUUACCUCUUAAACGGUAAAACAAAAAGUCAUUUUCAGUCGUCAGACCAUCCUCCUUUUAUCAUUGUACAAUACUGUGUGCUUCAGGUUGUUUAUGUAUAAGACAUAAUAUAUGACAUAUUGUUAUAGAGGCUUUAAAGUGGCACAAAUAAAUGUGUGGUUCAUCAAAGCUAUACCUGGAAAAGAAUGGGUUGUCCCGCGUCUCAGGAUCCAAAGUGUGAUGUGAAACAAAGCUACUAGUGUAUGAGGAAUGUACUGCGGUGAAGCAAAAGAUGGAGGGGCAGGACGGCUGAUUGGUCCCGCUGAGGCAGUGACAUGUUGUCAAAUAGCAAAAACUGUGUUGAGGUACAGUUUUGCAAACGCAGUCCGAGUUGUGCAUCAAGCGGUUGUCUUUUCUACUCUUGUCUACAGUCUUCUAUUCAUCUGUGCCUGCUGGACAUUAUCCAAACUCCCUGCCUGUUCAGUUUCCUGGUUCUCUUCCUCUCUGCUCACUAAUGCUAGGGAAAAUGCAAAACAAUCCGAAUUCUAGACAGUAUUGGUUUAUUUAUCAAAGUUGUACAUACUUAAAUGUAUAGUGGGUAUUUUGUCUUCAUUUUUUUUUUGUUUCUUAUUAGUUGUGCCAUUUUCUUUUGUUAUUCAGUUCAAUAAUGUUUGAUUUGAGGUUUCUAUCAUUACCAUUUAAUCAAGCUGAAAUAAAGCCGAUCCUGUCACAAUAA